AUGAUUCCAUCUGCUCAGGUUGAGCCUGAUGCACCCUUAGUGGAAGGAAUGGAAGAGGGGAUAGUCAUACAAUGCACCAAAGUGGAUGAGAUUCGGCAGGAGACAUCGUACCUCCAUCUGAAUUUUAGUGGCAUUUCAAAUGUGGUGUGCCAGAGGACAGUUGUACUUAUUGCGCUUUUACUGUUUCAGUCUCUUUCUCAGUUUAUACUUGAAAUGUACGAGGAUCUUAUAAGCAGACACGUUAUUAUUCCAAUGUUUCUGACAAUGCUUGUAGGUGCAGGUGGAAAUGCGGGGAAUCAGUCCACAGUGCGGUGCAUCACUGGUUUAGCAACUCGAGAAUUUCGUCAAGGUGACUAUUUUCUGGUCUUGCGUAAGGAGACUGUUUGUGGCCUCAUAAGCUCUUUACUGCUGACUGUGGUUGGAUUUGCUCGAGUGUACUAUUUCUACGGAGGUCAAUUCUUUUCAACGAUUGCUGUGUCCCUGUCGCUUUUUUGUAUUAUGGUGGUAUCUACGUUAUUAGGUACGACUCUGCCUUUUCUAUUCAAAUUCUCGGGUAUCAGGAAGGAGCACGCAGCACCUUGUAUCCAAGUGCUGAUGGAUAUCACCGGUGUCUUCAUCACGUGUUUCUUGUGUGCCCUUAUUAUUCCCCAAAGUGAGGCGCGUGGUGAUGACAUGUGGACCUGA